UGCUGUGUCACAUCCUCAAAGAAGGUCAGGCCAUGCGCAAAGAACAGUCUCACAGUGUUGUAUCGCUGAAGGCGCGCAAGAGGCUCUCCGGAGACUUUGGCAAUCAGAUCAACAGUCUGCGGCCUCCUCUGAGAUCGGUCGCAUCUAUGGCAAAUUUCAAAACUUAUAUAUCCGACGAUGAUGAAGAACAAACUCCCACUGGCAGUCCAGAGAGGCAUGGACAAUUGAUGUUAUACCCAAAACCCUAA